AUGGCAGCUCAACACACGGUUUUCCGUUUGAAGCAUCGAAAUGGCUUCGACGGCCUUUAUCAGCAGCAAGAAGACAUCCCCAAGGUUACCAAGCAUGAGGUGCUUAUCAAGGUCCGCGCCGUGUCAUUGAACUUUCGCGACAUUGCCAUUAUUACAUCGAAAUAUCCAUUCCCAGUUACUGACAACGUUGUGCCAUGUUCCGACAUGGCGGGCGACAUUGAGGAGAUUGGCGAUUGUGUGAAGGGGCUGAGUGUUGGGGACAAGGCAGUCGCAUCAUUCGACAUCACCAACUUUUAUGGUCCGCAACGCGACUGGGACAACGGACAGGGAGGCCCAAUCGACGGUGUGCUUAGGCAAUAUGUGGUUUUGCCUGCCUCAGCUGUAGUCAAGGUCCCCUCGGAUGCUCCUCAGACCUACUCUCAAUUGGCAUCUGUGGUUUGCACGGGCACCACCGUCUGGAAUUCUCUGUAUGGGAACCUGCCUUUACGCCCAGGACAUGUUGUAUUGUGCCAAGGUACCGGCGGUGUCUCAAUUACUGCUACCAUCCUCGCGAAGGCAGCAGGUGCUACGGUCAUUAUCACGUCUUCCAGUGAUGAGAAGUUAAAGCUUGCUAAGACAAAGUUCGGAGCCGACCAUGGGAUCAACUACAAGACCUCACCUGAUUGGGCAGCCGAGGCACUGGAACUGACUGGGGGAAGGGGCGUUGACUUCAUCAUGGAGAAUGGAGGCUCUGGCACAAUUGCACAAAGCCUCAAGGCAAUUACUUAUGGUGGCAUAAUUAAUGUCAUUGGUUUCCUAUCCGAGGCCGCACAGGAAGACAUGCCAGAUGUUGCUGGCCUUGCUCUUUCGAAGGGAGCAGUUGUCCGUGGUAUCAUGGUCGGGUCUAAACAGCUUCUCGAAGAAGCUGUCACGUUCAUCUCUAAGAAAAAGCUCAAACUUCCUGUCGAGAAGGAGUUCCAAUUCACCCUGGAAGGUGUGAAGAAUGCAUAUGAGUACUUGGUCUCGGGCCAGCAUAUUGGCAAAGUCUGUAUUAGUUUAGACUAA